CAAAAGCGAAGGCGGAUGACAAGCAGACGACGACAAAAAGGGUGACGACCGUGACGACAAGUGCUGGAAGAAAAAUUGUGGUGCUGCUGCUGCUCACUGGAAAAAGUUCCUUUCCUGGUCCGUUGUGUAUCGCAGCAGAUUAAAUAAGUGCUUAUUCCAUUACAUUAGAAACCCAUAUUGACGGCUGCAUUGAUAUUUAGUCAAAAGAAACGUAGCUUCCCAUCGGGCCGGUCGUGUUUACAAACGAUUUUUUUUUCUACGGCUGCAAAUUUCUUCCCCCACCAAAUCGAAUUUCACUACUCGAAAAGCGCUGUUUACGCUGUUAAAUCCUACGCGGUGGAACAAACGGAAUGACCUCGACGACGAUUCCCACCAUCUGCAAGGAUCUGGACGGUGACGACCGGUGGCUCAGUGUGCACAAGCGGUUCGUGCAGGAGUGCAAGGAGAAAGACCCGGACGUGAUGUUUGUCGGAGAUUGCAUUCUGGAAGCGCUGCAGUUCACCGAAUACUGGAACAGUCACUUUGUGCCGAUGCAUUGUUUGAAUUUCAGCAUACGAAACGACCGGACCCAGAACGUGCUCUGGAGACUGCAGAACGGCGAGCUGGAAAACGUGAGGCCAAAGGCGAUCGUGCUGCAUGUUGGAACGAAUAAUAUUAGCGACAGCGCCGAAGAGGUAACCGAAGGACUGUUGGAACUGGUGAAGACCAUCCGGAGCAAGCUGGCCGACGUGUAUAUCGUGAUUCCGGUGAGUAGAGAAAAAAUGUUGGUUCAGUUGACGGGAGUUUCUGCACGUAACUAUGGUUCGAUUUUCGACAAGCUCGUAUUGCUAACUUGUUAA